AUGCCGCCCAUUGGCACCCAUCGAGCGUGGGUCAUCGUGGUCCUGAUCCUGCUUUGUAGCAUCCAUUCACUUCUUGCAGCACCAGUGCAGCAAGAUUUAGGACAAAGUGAAGCAGCACCCAAGAAACUCAACAUGACAGUGAAAGGUGUAUUUGAAUCUCUCUUAAACUUCUUCAGGCCAAUGACGUGCCGGCUCAGCAACGAGCGACCCUUAAUUCCUUGUCAAGUAGAAAGCCUGAAUGCGUCUGAAUGCUUGAAAAAUCACUGUUGUCCCAUGAAAAUUGGCCAGGACCUGCAGUGUCACAUGCCGGUUAAGGACGAUGUACAACUGGCAAUUCGACUGAUUUUGGUCACUGGAGGAGGAUUUUUGAUUUUGGGGUUUCUGCCAAUCUGUUUCUGUGCCAUUUUGCAGAGAAGUCCGUGUAUCAAUCCUUUACAAAGGAUGAGCAAAAAAGUACGGCAGAUUGCACGAGACAGAAGAGAACGUCGUGAACAGACUAAUGAUGAAGAGGUUCAUCUACUGGAUUGACCUAAGAAAGGACCAUAAGGACAAAAAAAAAAAGAAGUGAAUAGCAACAUGCACCUCAUCUUGAAGACCAAGCUGAAGACACCAGGAUUAUUUGACUACCUCCUAGAA